CGGUAGAACGUCCAGAGAUCAGCUCGAUCCAAAGCUUCGACUUUUCUUGUCAUUUAGGGAGUCGGGACAACACGGUCACACGUUAGAAGGUCCAUGAGGUAAGAGUCUUGUGUCUGGUGGAAAAGAAUGUCACAAAGCAGCUUCAGCGAUACGCCCGCAAAAGAACCAGAAACAAAACAAUUGAAUGUUUCUGAGUAUCCCACUGUACUUGGUGUUCCCACUCAUGUUCUUCAAUAUGGGACACUUGGAGAUUCAGUGGAAUCUCUAGUUCUCAUCAUACCAGGUAACCCAGGUGUACCAGAUUUCUAUGCAGAAUACAUGGAGAUUAUCUACAAGGGCCUGGGAGAGAAGGUUCCUGUAUGGGCUGUUGCACAUGCGGGUCAUGUCCCAGCUCCGAAACAAUACAAGGGGCAAUAUGACCCAGUUGGGAAUCCUUUCACUCUAGAGGGGCAAACACAGCAUAAAGUGGCAUUCAUACAAGAACAUAUCCCCAAGAACUUAAACUUGGUUCUUAUAGGACAUUCCAUAGGUUGCCAAAUCAUCAUAGAAAUUAUGAAGAGAUUGCCAAAAUGGAACAUAAUCAAGUCUUAUUUAUUAUUUCCAACCAUAGAGAGAAUGGCGGUGUCCCCUCAGGGCCAGUAUGCCACCCCUCUCUUGAGGUAUGCCCGCUGGCUAGCCUAUCCGCUCACCCUAGCAGCAUCAUAUUUACCUAAAAGUCUUCAGGAGGGAAUCAUAAGGAAGUACAUGAGUCAACGAAAUGUUCCUGAGUGUACCAUUAAAGGUGCUCUGUGCUUAUUUGAUGCAGCAUGCCAACAGAACUCAAUGUACAUGGCUAAUGAUGAGAUGCAACUUGUUAGAGAGCCAGAUCUACAGGGUAUCAGAGAAAACUUGGACAAAAUUCUGUUUUAUUAUGGACUCACUGACCACUGGUGUCCAGUAGAAUACUACCAUGACAUGAAAAAGAUUUUUCCUCAGGGUAAUAUAAUACUAUGUGAGAAAGGGUAUGAACAUGCCUUUGUUUUAGAGUCAAGUGUUGGUAUGGCCGAGUUGACCAUAGAAUGGUUGAAAUGUGAUCUAGAAUAAGGAAAUUUAGAGGAUUUUUACUCCCUUCUUAAUUUAAAUUUGGCAUACAACUCCUUUGCCUGCCUUUAUGUAUGCAAUAAAGAGGAGUAUUUACUCUACUAUGAACAAAUGAAGGGAACAAAUUAUAUUGAAUGUCAAUUUUAAAAUUAUUUAUUACAUUUACAUAUAAUAUGUAUGUUUAACAC